UUAUUAAGAUUGGACAGCUUUAUGAAAACUACUUUUGCCACUCAGCGAAGAUUGUUCUUGAUGUUGAGUUCCACAUACUGAUGCAACAUGAAUGCCAUAUUUUAUUGUAUUGCUUUUGUCAUGUUUUCUGUGACAUUCAUUGGGUGCUCCGUCAAUGGUGCUAUAGUGUAUGUAGUAUUAGUCAAUAAACAUCUCCAAAAUGUAAACAAUACGUUUGUAGUAUCGAUGUGCAUAAAUGGAUUUCUCAUUUCAAGUUUUGGAACAGUAUUUACAGCAGCAACAAGUGUUAGAGGAGAAUGGAUUUUUGGAGAAUCCGUUUGCCAAAUGCAUUCUUUUAUAGUAUUCUUCCUAGGUCUUGCAAUCAUUGCUACUUUGACAAGUAUGGCUAUAGAAAAAUAUAUCGUUAUAAAACAGGAAUCAAGAAACGUGGUGACAAAAAGAGUUUGUAUUUACAUACUAGUUAUAUGCCAUGUGUAUGGGUUUGUGAUUUCUUCCAUGCCCUUCAUUGGGUGGAACAGGUAUCAACUUGAAGGAUUCAAUAUAACAUGUUCGCUGAAAAUGGACGGUACAGACGCUAAUUCAACAUCCUUCAACAUUUUUAUGCUGAUAGUAGGAUUGAUUUUUCCGUUAGGAGUAAUGAUAACCGUAUACUCCAAAAUAAUCGUCACGAUGAAAGAAAAACGGAAAUCAGCGAACUUCAACUCAUACAGCUGCCAGCGAAAGACGAUAUUAAAGAGAGAAAUGAGAGUAACAAAGACAAUUUUGUUCAUGAUAGGUGCUUUUAGUGUUUCCUGGUCUCCAUAUGCCAUACACUGUGUAGUAUCGAUGCUCGGUAUAACAAAAGGAAUGUCUCCAUUUGUAGCAACUAUUCCAGCGUUGAUCGCUAAAUCUUCAGUAAUUUAUCAUCCAUUUAUUUAUGUAUUUAAAAACAGACCACUGAAGACUGUGCUUUUAAAAACACUUCACUGUUCAGCCAAGAAAAAUAAACAUGCUCGUGGUGUUCACUGUACUUUGCCAUUACAAGAAUUCAACGGAUCAAGUAUGAAUCGUAGAGGCCCAACAGUAACAUUUACAAUGGACGAAGAAGCAGACUUCUCAUUAAUAGCACCAAAUAAUAAUGUUGAAAAUAUUGGACAUGUAUAUGAAUUUCCGACCUGAGAACAAUUAAGCUUAAUUUUUUUAUGCAUCAUCAUUCCUUUAAUAUUGUUAAAUUAAUGGUACAUCGAAUGCUAUGAAUAUGAAUUUUUCCAUUAUAUUGCUUGUAUUGUUUCCC